AUGGACGGUUCGCAGUACCCCUCCAAUGGUAUAAACACGACUUCUUCUGGUCAGACUUAUCCUUCACCUACCGCAAUCUCUCCCAACCAGCUGCAAACCGGCUCGCCUCUUCCUCAGACACUGCCGCCGCUGCAGCCCCCAACGUCGGCCAUGCAAAACAUCUACGGUAGCCACCCGCACACGCCGCGGACUCCAGGCACCCCAAACACGCCUGGAUCUGCCUCCAACCUGCCUAGCUACCAGCAGCAGACAUCGCAGCCCGGCGCCCGUGGCGGUCUUUACUCAAUGCCCCCGAACCAAUACCCGCCUCCCCAGGCCUAUGGCACCUCGGCGGCCAUGAUGCCCCAGGCGACCACAACCGCGUCUCACCCACAGCCCAUCGCGCCCGCGCCCGCUGGUGGCCGAGGGCCUCCGGUGUUGCGACCCAUGCCUCCCGGCGGCAUCAUGUCCCAGCCUGGUGUCUCUUCGCCUUAUGGCCCUAGCUCGCUCAUGCAGCCUACAUCGGUUCUUCAGGAAGGCGAGCAGCCUACUCACGUUGUCGGGUCACAGGGACGACGCGGUAUCUUGCCAAGCGCUCCCGGUCGGCCUGCUGCCCCGGCCGCUGGCACUGGCGGCACCAAGAACACGGUCAUUCCAGUGAAGGAUGCUGAUGGCAAAUUCCCAUGCCCUCACUGCACAAAGACCUAUCUUCACGCCAAGCAUUUGAAGCGCCAUCUUCUGCGACACACCGGCGAUCGCCCAUACAUGUGUGUCCUUUGCCGCGAUACGUUUUCUCGAAGUGAUAUUCUGAAGCGCCACUUCCAAAAGUGCUCUAUCCGCCGUGGAAACCCCACCGGAGCUAGCCACCUGUCCCACCCUCAAGCGCACGUCAAGAAGAACGCCCAGGCCCAGAAGGCUGCCGGUCUCGCUCACGAGGGCGACCUGAACCACCUCAACGGCUUGAGCAACCUGCCCGCUGACAACAUGGUCCACCCCUUUGGCAUGGUCCCUGUCAAUGACGGCAUGAACAACAUGGCUCAGGACCAGAGCCAGCUGUCCCGAUCCAGCUCGCUCGGCCGUCUUGACAAUGGUAACAACGCUGACAGACGCCAAAUGAACGGCCAGGUCAUGGGUGCUUCUCAGCCCUACGCUACCGACCCCAACUUGAGCAACCAACAGAUGCCCGGCUACAGCAUGCCCCCGGCUCAGAACGGAAUGCCCAUGUAUGGCGGUUCAAACAACCAACAAUCUAGCCUUGAUUGGUCUCAGAUGUUCCAGGCUGGUGCGCAUCAAACCUAUAUCAACAACUCUUUCAAUCCUAAUCUUGGACAGACGCAGAUCGGAACCAAACCCGAACCUAAUGCCGGGCCCGGAACGACAGGCGACAGUGCCAGUGCCACCGACCCCCUCUUGUCGAAUUGGGGAAUGCCAUCCCAUCUCCAGAAUCCAUACAACCAGCUCUCUGAUCAGAUCCUUAACUUCUUUUAUCCUCCUAACCAGGCCAUCGAUCCCCAAAGCGCGGGAAUGAACCUCUACUUUUCACCCGACAACGUCAAAGACUUCUUGGACAAGUACACCCAUUUCCACAUCCAUAUGCCUUUUCUCCACGUCACAACAUUCAAGGUCAUGGAGGCAUACACUGGCUUACUCGCAGGCAUGUGUUGCAUUGGCGCUUGCUACUCAGACCGUGUCACGUCGUCCAACGUUCGCGAAAUGAUGGACUUUCUCGUUGUCGCGCUUCAGCGUGACUGCAAGAUGAUGUCCAAUGCUGAACUGCAGACAGGCGAACUGAGAUUUGCAUCUCGGACUGACAUCGAAGAGCUGCAGGCUGUCCUGUUAACAUGUAUCCUUCUGCUCUGGAACGGAUCGCCUCAACAACGGGAGCGGGCUCGACACAUUUAUCCUGUGCUCGCGUCUCACGCCCGGAAGCUGAAUCUUUUCCAGCCACCCAAUGACACCGCCUUGAUGUCCCCUCUGCAUCGAAUCGACUUCAACCCAGCUGAAUUCGACCCGAGGCAGUUCGCCUGGGAGGCUUGGAUUGACCAAGAACGACGCAACCGCCUGAUGUUUGGUGUUUUCCUUCUGGAUGUGGCAAUGGGUCUCUACUUCAACUCGAAUCCACUCUUCGAUGUGUUUGAGAUCCAUUUGCCUCUGCCUUGCGAUGACGCCGCUUGGGAUGCUGACAAGGCUGAGGUGUGUGCUGCGGCACUUGGUCUCAAGGGUGCUGAUGCUGUGCGGGAGACGAACCCUUCUGGUACCCAACGAGCGAAGCAACCAGAGAUGGACUGGGUCCUCAAGGCUCUCCUUCAUCCAUCGUAUCAGAUCCAACCAGGAAGCACCAAUCUCUAUGGCAAGUUCGUUUUGAUCCACGGCAUUUUGGCUUUGAUUCGACGAGCCCAGGUGGACGGUAGUGCUGCACAGCUCUCCAAAUUUGGAACCCCCCCUCCAAGUGACUGGAUGACCCCGACCGGUACCAACAGCGGACGGGCAACUCCUGUGGAUGGGGCGGCUGCCAACACGGACCCACAGAGCCUGCAAGCACUCACCAUCGCCCUGGGCAAGUUCAAGCAAAACUGGGACACCGACAUGGCCAAUCAGUUUCCACCAACCUUGCCGGGAUCAAGCAACCCUCGACGACACGGCUUCUCGCGGGACGGUGUGCAUUUCUAUUGGCUAGCCAACUACAUGCUCAAGCACACACAGACCUCUGAGUUGCGACUGUCCCCUGACGCUCGUUUCGUGCAGGUCAUUCAGCUGUUGAAGUCGGUUAAAUCAUGGGUGAUGUCUGAUGGUGCGUCAAGAGGAGAAGAAUUGGGAUCAGUCGGAGAGAUUGAUGAUCAGUAUGGAGCGAUGGAUCUUACACUUGAGAUGGCAAAACUAUUCAAGCCUCUUCCACAGGUGGUGGAAGACGCUGGCACUGCGUCUGUCAAGACGGAACUCGACACAGGAACGGCAGUAUGA